AUGAAGUAUACUAUUGACGAACUAUUCCAAUUGAAGCCAAGUGUUGCUUUAGAGGUUAAUUUCGAUGCGGUGGAAUUCAGAGCCAUCAUUGAAAAAGUUAAGCAAUUGCAACAAUUAAAAGAGGAAGAGUUUGGCACUCACCAUGCUGGCCACUUCAGCCGUAGAAGAUCUUCCCACCAUCAUGGUAGACCAAAGGUUAAGCACAACAAGCCUAAGGUGACCACCGAUUCUGAUGGCUGGUGCACAUUUGAAGCUAAGAAGAAAGGCAGUGGAGACGAAGAUGAGGAAGAAGGUGAGACUACUCCAACCGCCAACGUACCAGCUGUCACUAUUGCUCAAGAGACUUUGAAAGUCAAGCCAAACAAUAAGAACAUCUCUUCCAAUAGACCUGCUGAUGCCAGAGAUAUUGUUGCGGAUAAACCAAUUCUUGGUUUCAAUGCAUUUGCUGCUUUGGAAAGUGAAGAUGAAGACGAUGAAGCAUGA